CAUCUCAAACCUUUUUCCUCGGUUCAAACCAUCCCAAACAUUCAUAAAUUUUCUACAUAGAAAAAGCGAUUAAUAUGGGAAAUAGCUUAAGGUGUUGUUUGGCUUGUGUUCUUCCUUGUGGAGCCCUAGAUUUAAUCCGAAUAGUGCAUUUGAAUGGCUGCGUAGAUGAGAUUACACACUCCAUCACAGCAGGAGAAGUUCUCAAAGCUAACCCUAACCAUGUUCUAAGCAAACCAAGCUCUCAAGGCGUUGUUCGCCGAAUUUUAAUUGUUUCGCCGGAGACCGAGCUCAAGAGAGGCAGCAUUUACUUCUUGAUCCCGACCACGUCUUUACCGGAGAAGAAACGAAGCGGAUCGGUUGUCAAUGACUCUAGUCUCAACAAGAAAACGUCAAAGAAAAGAAACUCUAAGUGCAGUGAUGAUGAAGCAACAUCACAAUUACAACAUAUGGAGAAGAAAUCGUCACGAAGGGAUCGCAAAAAAGGUCGUGUUGGUAUAUGGCAACCUCAUCUGGCGAGUAUUUCAGAAGAUUAAAAUAAUCUUUUGAGUUUCUGAGUUUUCGACCAGUGUCAUGAUCACGUCGUAAUAUGAUAAAUUGAUCAUGACACUGGUCGGAGAAGAGAGGAAGAAUCAUUAACUAAUUUAAUGAUUCAAUUAUUGAGUUAUAGCAAAGGUUUUUUUUUAUUCCUAUUGUUUUAUAAGUACAUGUGAGUAUUUAUUUUGUGGAUAAAAUUAUUUUACCUUGCUUUGCGUAUACUUCUGUUGCGAUUUUUUGUGGGGUGAAUUACAUGGGUAAGUUAAAUUUUAUUAAAUCAUAUAAUAUUUAUUUGCUUUAUUUAAACGAAAGAGAAAAAAAGCAAGAAAGUGAAGAAUUAAUAAGUUUGGAUUUUCAUUUUCUUUUUGAGUUUGGUGACAGAUGAAUAAAGGAUUGAAAUAAAUGAGUGCUGAGCAUUGCUUUGUGUCCCACCAUUUGAAAUUAUUCAAAGUUUAGAUUUAUUUAGUUGUGCUUGGUUAUACGGUUAAAAAAUUAAAUUUUAAUAAUAAAUAAAUUUAAAGUAAAUUGAUUUAUAUUUGAAUAAAUUUAUG